AUGAACAUCGACCCUUCUUUACCAACGGCAACUCUUUUGCCUUUGACCACCACCACCUCCACCACCACCUCCAAUGAAAUCCAACCACCAAAUCAGAAUAGUACUACUUCUCAAAAUCAAUUCACUGAUUCUAACAAUUCAUUAGCACCUUUACUUCAUCCACCUCCUUUAUCAAUCUCUUUCAGUCAUAAAUCAGAUGAACUUUCUUCUUCUAAUCAUCUUCAUCAUCAUCGAUUCACCAAUUCUACUUCAUCGAAACGAACUCGUCAUCGAACCUCAUUAGGACUUGAAGAUGACCAUUCAGGUGAUUCUAGUUAUGAUUCCGAUUCAGAGUCAUCCGAUAAUCAAGAUCAAGAUAAUCUAGAAGAUGAAGGUGCUCUCGGUUCUAGAUCGGCAAGAGCUGGAACAGCUGAGCGAUCCAAGAACAAGAAGAAACACAAGUCGAAGCGUAAGAAACGUUCGUUUCGCUCUUCGAAUCCCUCCGACAUGCGUACCUCUGUCGAUACUAUCCAAUUAGCACACGCAGUCGCUCUAAUUCAAGCUCAGCAACAAGCCACUACAUUCUAUGGCACCGGCUCGCCUAAUAUUCUUGGAGGCUUGGGCGUUUCCCCAUCUAACCACAGUAACGCUAACCCGCCGAGUGGAUCACAAUCCACUCCCAACAAUCAGCAACAACCUCUCACCGAACGCGAAGUGAUGUCUCGAAUCGAGGCUGCAGUGAAUCCUUUGAAGGUUCAGAUCGCCCACCUCAAGUCUCAAGUAGAUACGUUGGAGCGUCAACGCCAGUCAGCAGUUCGGGAAAUGACUUCAACUAGAGAUUUGCUAACUACAGCCUUCAAAAAAAUUGAAGCGCUGACCGGGAACGCGCACGAGUCGAUUGACAAUGGAGCGAUUGAGCAUUCCGCGUUCGAUCCUCAGAUCUCCGGUGCUAGUGGCCAGACCCCGCCUCCAGGGUUACAUGUGAAUGUUUUGGACAUUCCCGUUGUGCUCCCCUCCAAUGCUCUACAGAACACGCUUCCCAAUCCGCAUCUAUCACAUAUGAUUGCCCACAGCAAUCACCACGAUGAAUCUCGGACUUCACUCUUGUCACACCAUCUAGGGAACGUCAAUCCACUCUCCUCUGCCGCUAUCCUCAGAAGUGGUUCAUUGUCACGGUUCGACCAUGAGGAGCCGCUACGUCGAAGUACCCCGAAAAAGUCUGGAUUACCUACGAGUGUGAGCUUCACAAAUCCUCACAGCCUACUCAAUAAGGUCAAGAAACACCGAAGACCCGAAUUAUCCCGUACAGUCCGUGCCACCGUGUUUCGUCUGAUGGGAAUCUCCUCUAAUGCUUCACCAUCCGCAUCAAUGCAAUCAAUGCAUCAUGAGCCUAAAUUUGGUAAUGAGAAAAGUCGAGCUUAUCAUGGUUACACCACUACACCCUGCUUCCCCGAAUAUACGGAUGAAGAUUUAAUCGAUCCAGUGACUCAGGUCAAAAUCUGGAGAUGGGAUUGGUCAAAGACAAUUCGUCAAUCGCCCAAUAAUACGGCAUUCGCGAAAGAGAUACGAAAUGUGAUUGUUUCAGAAGUAGAGGAUACUAGCAAGGCGAUGCAUACUGACGUUCCUAUUGGUGAUUGGGAGUACUUGGACGACGCGAUCGAUAGUGCAUACACUAAUAUGAGACGUGAACGAGAGAAUCAAAUUGAUCCGACGAAAAUGGUGAAGAAAGAAGUUCAUCGAGCUCGAAACAAGAAGAGAGGUCUGAAAGAAGAUAAAUGUAAACGAAGGAAGAAGGCAUUGGAUGAAUAUCGAUCUGAUCCGGCCAGCUUCAUCUCCAAAAUGAAAGAUCUUGAUAUCAUCUUACCCGAUCGACCUCCAAUCACAUCUUCAUCUUCAGAUCAGACUCAAAAGACUUUAGAAGAAGAAAUUUUGAAUAGUUGGGAAGAAUCAUUAGAUUUGAAAUAUAUGUCAAGUGAAGAUGAAGCUCACUUACAAGACUUUGAAAAUCCGAUUUCAGUCGGACCUGAAAGACCUGAAAGUAGUCUUUCACUCUCUGAUAAGAUCUUUGCAAUUUGUAGACCAGGUUGGAGGUCAAACAUCCUUCAAAACUUAUUCACCUUUUUGGAUGCUAUCAAACAACCUGAAAGGGCUUAUCGAAGAGUACUUGGUAGCACACGUCAAAAUAUGCCACCUGCUGGUACCCCUCCUUGGAGGCGUGGUUUCCGUAUUGUAAUCUUACCUGAUACCUUGUUCUUCUUUGUCACAGUGAUUAAUACAGAGUGGGUGAUGACCCUUGGCCCACAAGAGGAGGUACCGAAAUGA